UCAUCAGCCAGAACAAAUUUUUAUUAAUUGACUUGAAAACUUAGUAAUUUGUUAUUAUCAAUAUUAAUCAAGGUUAAUCCUCCUAGAAUGAAAAAUGUUUCUGCGUUACUAAUAUUCCUACAAUCAAGUUGCACAAACUUGGAACCCUUCAAAAUAACUAAAACAAAAUUUUUAAAAGCAUAUAAUUCCGCGCUCUAGUGAUAAUAUUUUGGCAAUACAUGUUUUCAGGCUAAUUCAAGUUCAACCUAAUUUUGUAAUUGGCAGCUGUUCCACUAUGUUUAUAAAUAAUAGUACCAUGAACAUUGAAUCUUUAAAAACUUUUCUUCAUUUAAAUUGCGAAUUCGUUUUUAAAUGUUUAAACAUGAAUAUCUUUUUAAAUCGAUUGGUUCAAUUUUCAACGACAUACCCAGUCACAAGAGGUAUGGUUUCCUAUGCAGUAAUUUGGCCUACUGGUUGCAUAUUACAACAAAUGGCUUUUGGAGAUAAUGAAUUCGAUUUUGUCAGGGCAGCUCGGUUUGGUUUAUUUGGUGCGUUUUAUGUAGCACCGACAUUAAAUGCCUGGUUAACUGUUGCACGAUUUUUAUAUCCAAGAAAUGAUAUACGUAGUGCUAUAAAAAAGGCACUCUUGGAACAAGUAAUUUACUCACCAUGUGCAAUGGUUAGUUUUUAUUUUGGUAUGUCUUUACUUGAAGGAAAGACGGCUGAAGAAGCUAAACAGGAAGUAAAGAACAAGUUUUUUCCAACUUACCAGGUAGGUGUUGUUGUGUGGCCAGUACUACAAGUUGUUAACUAUACUAUGGUUCCUGAAAAAAAUAGAAUACCGUUUGUCAGUAUAUGUAGCUUAGGAUGGAGUUCAUUUUUAGCUUAUAUGAAUCAUUGUAAACGAAAAAAUGAAAAUAUUAAGUCUAAUAAAUAAUAAUAAUUUAAGGCAUUCCGCAAUCUGUAUUGAUGUAAAACAUAUUAAAUAUUAUUUGAAAUAUAUUUUACGUUUCUGAAAUAGAAACACGAGUUUCAUUUCAAAACAAAAGUUAUUGUACAGAAAAUUGGGGUUAAUUUAAUAAUUUUUAC